AUGAGCGGCUCUCCGCGUGCAGUGUGGGUGCCUAAUGCCAACAGAAUCCUGAAUUUGAUAGAAAAAGUCGACGUGUGGCGCCGGCAAAAUGGCUCAUUUAAGGAAUUCGAGGGUCGACAGUCAAACCUCCCGAAAGCAUCGCCUUACGGCACCGCAACAUUGGUAUUGGGCGGUGAACGUGUGUAA